AUGGCCGCGAAGUCGGAUGGAGCGGUGGCCGCGGCCGGCCCGGGGCCGGAGGGGGCGGCCGGAGGAGCUCGGGGCGGUGCGGGUGGGCGCGGGGAGGCGGCGGCGGCAGCCGGGGACCCCGGGGUAACCGGGGCGGGAGGCCCGGGGCCGCGCUACGAGCUGCGGGACUGCUGCUGGGUGCUGUGCGCGCUGCUCGUGUUCUUCUCCGACGGCGCCACGGACCUGUGGCUGGCGGCCUCCUACUACCUGCAGGGUCACCGCACCUACUUCGGCCUCACGUUGCUGUUUGUGAUCCUGCCCUCGCUUGUUGUACAACUGCUCAGCUUCCGCUGGUUCGUCUACGACUACACGGAGACCGCUGGGGCCCCGGGACCCGCAAUGAGCACCAAGGACAGCGGCACCGGCGGACCGGUCAUCAGCACCAAGGACAGCGCCGUCACCUUCCGUACCAAAGAAGGCAGCCCCGAUCUGGGCCCCCGACCUGAGCCCUCCUCGGCCAGCGCCUACCGCCGCCGCUGCCGCCGCCUCUGCGUCUGGCUACUGCAGACCCUCGUCCACCUCCUGCAGCUCGGCCAGGUCUGGAGGUACCUGCGCGCCAUGUACCUAGGGCUGCAGAGCCGCUGGCGCGGGGAGCGGCUGCGGCGCCACUUCUACUGGAGGAUGCUGUUCGAGAGCGCCGACGUGAGCAUGCUGCGCCUGCUGGAGACCUUCCUGCGCAGCGCGCCGCAGCUUGUGCUGCAGCUCAGCCUCCUGGUGCACCGCGGCGGCGCGCCCGACCUGCUGCCCGCCCUCUCCACCUCCGCCUCACUCGUGUCCCUGGCCUGGACCCUGGCCUCCUACCAGAAGGUGCUGCGGGACUCACGGGACGACAAGCGGCCGCUGUCCUACAAGGGCGCCGUGGCGCAGGUGCUGUGGCACCUGUUUGCCAUCGCGGCCCGCAGCCUGGCCUUCGCGCUCUUCGCCAGCGUUUACAAGCUCUACUUUGGCAUUUUCAUUGUGGCGCACUGGUGCGUCAUGACCUUCUGGGUCAUCCAGGGCGAGACGGACUUCUGCAUGUCCAAGUGGGAAGAGAUCAUCUACAACAUGGUGGUGGGCAUCAUCUACAUCUUCUGCUGGUUCAACGUCAAGGAGGGCCGCAGCCGCCGCCGCAUGACCCUCUACUACUGCAUCGUCCUGCUCGAGAACGCCGUGCUCACCGGCUUCUGGUACUCCAGCCGCAACUUCUCCACUGACUUCCACUCACUUAUUCUGGUCUGCGUCGUGGCCUCCAGCUUCGCACUGGGCAUAUUCUUCAUGUGUGUCUACUACUGCCUCCUGCACCCUAACGGGCCCCUGCUGGGUCCCCAGAUGCCUGGCUGCAUCUGCCCUGAGGCCCCAGGGCCCUGUGGCCCACCAGCCGAUGCUGUCACAAGUCCCCCGAGGUCCCUGCCCAGGACUACAGGCGCUGAGCGGGAUGGGGCCUCCGCGGGAGGCGAGCGUGCGGGGACCCCCACACCACCUGUCUUCCAGGUGCGACCUGGCUUGCCUCCCACGCCUGUGCCCCGCACCUUGCGGACAGAGGGGCCUGUCAUUCGGAUUGACCUGCCUCGUAAGAAGUACCCUGCCUGGGACGCUCAUUUUAUCGACCGCCGGCUCCGGAAGACCAUUCUGGCGCUGGAAUACUCCUCGCCUACGACACCCCGCUUGCAGUACCGGAGCAUCGGGAUCCCCCAGGAGCUGCUGGAGUAUGAGACCUCGGUGUAG